CCGCGACGCUCUCGGCGCUCCAGUGUGACACGGAGCGGGUCGCCAAGAUGAUCGGUGCCCUUAUCGCGGAAACGAUUCGUACACGACUCCCCGCGAUCGCGAUCCUCAAUCUGCGCCAGUCGUUUCUGUGUUGAACGGUGUUAACAACGGUGACCGGUCGAUUAUUAUGACUAAGUUCGUUUCGACGCCGGGUAUCGACGCCGACUCGCUGGACGUUAGUGACGUGAUCGGUUCCAACAGGUUUACCGUGUAGGCUAAGCAAGAGACAGCGGUCGCUGGCACACGGGGGUGGCCAACGCCGCGCGAUGUUGGACCUAAAGAGCAGCGGGACCACCGCCGCUGAACUGCCUCGCACCACGGCGUUCACCAAUCUGUCCAUGCUGUUCGCCGAUGCCAGCAGCUCGUACAAAGGAGGCUGGAGCCACGCCACGUCGCCGGCUCCCGGACAGGGAUACGGAAGCAGCUUGUCGAAGUCGGCACUGGACACGCACACCCAUCUCAGGCAGCCUGACCCCUAUCAAAUGUUCGGAGCGACGAGCAGUCGGCUCGCGAGUUCCGGUUCCGGCCAGAUUCAGCUGUGGCAAUUUUUACUCGAGCUACUGUCGGACUCGAGCAACGCCGCGUGCAUCACGUGGGAAGGAACCAACGGCGAAUUUAAGCUGACUGACCCCGACGAGGUGGCGAGACGUUGGGGCGAGAGGAAGUCCAAGCCUAACAUGAAUUAUGACAAAUUGUCAAGGGCCUUGAGGUACUACUACGACAAGAACAUCAUGACGAAGGUCCACGGGAAGAGGUACGCGUACAAAUUCGACUUCCAGGGCUUGGCGGCGGCGACGCAGCCGGCGGCCGCGGACCCAGCCGCGUACAAAUACCAGAGCGAGCUGUUCAUGUCCGGUUACGGGCACGCGAAACUGAACCUGAUGCCGCCGCCGGCGGCCUCGGUGUCGGUCUCCGUUCCCGGCGGACUGUUUCAAUCGGCGUCGAGCUACUGGUCCACGAGUCCCGGUGCCAACCUGUACGCGGGACACCACACGGCCUCCGGCCAUGUGCCGCCUCAUUUGGGCACCUAUCCGCACUACGCAUGACCCACCGCCGAGCACUGGGGCGCCCUGGGUACGCCACGUUAAACAAGUGAAAAGAAAAUGUUUCUACUCGAGGGAAUUCAAGACCGCCGCCACCGCGGUCCUCGUAUGCCGUCGGCUCGUGAGUCUCGGAUUCGGAACGUGCUCAUUCUCUGUCCAAUUCUGCGAUUCACUUUCGUUACUUCUCGAGAUCACAGAGUUUCAAUCAUUUACGAUGCUUAUGAAUUUUAUCUGCAUAUAUGACAGUCUUUUUCUUUCCUUGGUGUUUCCUCUUCUAAUGAUUUCCUCUAUCCAAUCUUGAUACUGCAAUUCUCUUUCUCCUUCGAUUGAUUUAUUAAAAUCAAAAUGUAAAUCGCUUUAUUACUUACGGUGUUUAAUUUCAUCAAUGUCCUUGUCUUUCUUGCUACUCUGUUUUUAUUUCGUCUCGUGAUCGAUUCUUUCUGCUCAAGUUUGAUACUCCAUCGAUUAAUUUCUUGAGAUCAGAGAAUAUGAAUCAGUCUAUUACUUACGGUGCUUAUUAAUUAUUUGCAAUCUUCCUAUUACAUUCUCUUCUCUUGUUAUCUCACUGAACACUACGCUUUUCUUUUCAAUUAUUCGCAUCUGUUUCCUGACAGAGGACAGCGAAUGACAAACGUAAAAUGAUGAAAUGUGACCACUUACAAAAUCGUUCACGGCCGACGGUACGAAUUAUUGUAAGAACGUUGUACAUACAAUAUAAUGGAUUACGUAAGUACAGGGUACGUUCCAGACGAUUCUUCUCGUUGCUCGCGUUAUCUCGACAGCCUUCUUCGUUUAUUCAAACUUCAACACACUCUCAGAUUAUAAAAAUUGUUUGGUACUAUUACUACGACAAGAACAUCAAUUUUAUAUAUAACACUAUAAUCGAUAUAACUGGUGAAAGAAAUUUAGUUGUAAUCGAAGACGAUCCGCGUGUCGAGAAUUAUCCUGUCUGGAAGGACGUCGCCUUGUACGGGAAGUAACAAAACCGGCGUCCGAUGAGAAACGUUGCCGUUUCCGACUGGAUGGAAUCGAACAUGUGCAUUUCACCCGUGCAAAUAUGCUGACAUUCAUAAAUUGCUCAAUGAUUAACUGCUGUACCUCGACUACCAGUUCUUAAUUUUUCUUCGCCUAAUUUUAUUCGAGUCUAAAAAAAUACACAUUUUGUUUCGGUGCAAUCUGAAUAUUAAUCGCAGAGCGAUGGGGAAAGUCGCGGGACGGCGGUUAAGGGUUGAACGUGCAAAUGAAUUUUACAGACGCGUGUACAUGUUCGAUUCGGGCCAAGAGCAAUGCGUGUAUUAUAAACUCUUUUAACUUAUUUGUUACGUAACGUGGGUAUAGAUAGAGGCACCGCGUGUCACGACGCGGAAAAAUCGUCGCGAGUCACGCCGUGCCGCGUUGUUGGCGCGGCUUCAAGGGACCCCGCGUUCAUUCAGCGACCAAAACUGCACGUGCACGUUUUUACCCUCCUCGCAGUCACGGUUUCACAACGAAAAAUAACGCGCGUCUCAGCUGUGGCGAAAGACGCGAAGGGAAAUUUCGACGAGAAGCAACCGUGGAGUCUAACUAGGAAAUAAAGGAAAUCCUUUUGAGCUUACGGAAUAAAUCGACACUGUCUAAAUUGCAAACUGAAAUCUGAUCGUGGAAAAUGGAAAUUUUGUUAGAAACCUACAGAUUUUAUUAAACAGCAAAUAGAAGUCUCGUCGGAUCAACGGGAUCUUCCGUUACUAUGUUACAAAAUCUCGGACGAGGAGAUGGACAAACGAGCGACAAAUCCCGGGUGAACGCAACGCAUCCAUCAAUUGAACGGAAGCUCUGGUCGCAAUUACCGAGAUUGAUAAAGUACAACGUCGAGCCAUAUCAAACCGAACGUACGAAAUCCCGAGCCGCGUCGAUUCUCGCCGGAUCGGUCGAGGGACGCGGUCGCUCUGUCUAUGCGAGAAACAAAAUGAGAACGGGGUAAGUCUUCAAACAACGUGAAGUCGGAUUCUUAAACGUUUGCGAGAGGAGGGAGGAACGUUUCACGGUGAUUUACCCCGCUGUGAAAAAGGUGUACCUCUGUCGAAAGAAGCGAGUAGCUCCUUAAGUCGUAUACUGUAUCAUACCAUUCGUAAGUGCAGGUUCGCUCGUGCCCGUCGCUCACGUAUUCGUUCAGUAUAGACGCUGAACGCACGCCGAGAUUAAUAUGAUCAUCAGAGAUUGAAUCUAGUUACGUUCGACUCGUUGAAACAAAGAAAACCGACGCGUGCGGCGUCUUGUACAAUAAAACAGCGGGAGGGACGAGGAGACGUUCCGAUCCUAAACUGAACGGACACGAGAGCGACACGCAGGAGAAUACCUUAACCAUCUCUAGAAUUAAUCUAACUAGUGGUAACAAACCUGUCGGACGCUCCUCGGUGUCGAUCGUUCUCCGAGACGGGAAAACGACCCCGUCCGAGCAUUUCUUCAUUUUUUCUUAGAAAAAGAGAAAAAGAACAAAAAAUAUAAAGAAGCUGGCUCCGUGGGACGUCGACGGGAUCUAAUGUAGAUAGGGUGUUUUCAUGUGUAGCGUAGGCGUGUAGAGAAACAUAGCGUUAGCGCGAGGACGUGCAUUUCGGUGGGUGGGUGCCUGCGUGGGUGUGUGCGUGUGCGUGUGUGCGUGCGUCUCCUCCUGUGUUUGUAUACGUUGCGUGUAUCUGUGAGACGGUGAGAUUGAACGAAGGAAACGAAAAUCGCGUACGAGUGAACGGCGUGAAUGAUCGAGGCGAGUAGUGGGCGUGAUUUCACACGAACUGGAACACGGGAUGGUGGUGAUGAUGAUGAUGAUGAUAAUAACGAUGACGACAAUGAUGGAUGAGAGAGGCUGGCCGAGGGGUGUUUGGCAACUAGCAUAGACCGCGUUAGGCUAGGUAGAUAAGCGACCCCUUCGAGGACGAGAGGAGAUUUCGGGAAAAAAACAUCGAGUGCGUGGAAACGGUGAAGCAGGAUAAAAAAUAUAGGCGAUAGAGUCGAGGCGAAGAGCACAGGGGGUUGAGAGAAGGGGCGCUGUUGUUGUUCUUGUUGUCGUGCGCUUGUAUUAAAGUCGCCAUGUUCUAAUUAAACGUGCCGACGGGGUUGUAUCAGUCGUCGGCAAAAUCAA